CAUGCCGCGUUGGCUCUGCAUUAUCAGCCACACACGGCUGAUCUCUGGACCCUCAGGUUGAGCAACACAACAAUAAGGCAGGCAGCUUCAAGAUCAGUCAGAAACAAAGGCAGGGUAGAGGAGAGACGUGGAUCCAAGAAAGCCAAAGGGAAAAAGAAAGAGCAACAUCAGGCUGAGCUGUGACAGUGACGGGGAAAGCAGCUGUGGUAAAAUAGAGUUAAACAUUGACAGGGGCUCUCUGUGAGGUACGGUGGCUGGGAGAACUUUUUAUUUCAGGUUUUGGGGAGGAGUAUGAAAGAUUUAGGAGGGUGAGGGGGGGUCAGAGGCAGGGGUCCGGCAGGGAGUAAUUGUGGCGACAGUCAGUGCAAGGGGAAAGGACUCAUGUGAGAACCAGAGGAAUUAAAACAUAGGGACAAAGAGAAGGAAGAGAGCUGGCAGACCCUAAGCAGGACUUCAGAAUGGGUGUGAAGAGCAAGGCUGCGGCGGCUAUCUUGGUGCUGCUGCUGUUCCUCGGCUCCCUGUGGCUCCACGGAGGUUUGGAUUACCACUGGGACUCCUGUUUAAAGGGUUAUAAUCAGGGGAACACGCUCCACCACCAGCUGUACAACAGCAGUGGGGCUGAUGGAGCCGAGGGGUCACAGGUCAUCGAGGGGUGCCCGGGUCAGACCUUCCAGGUGUCCAUGCUGCUGUCCCACCUGCAGGCUGCAUCUGAACUCACCUCCGACAUCCUGCUGCAGCCGUACCUGUCCAGCUGGGACGAGCUUGUCAGGUUUAUGGAAGCUAUGGGACCGAUGGUGGGGCUGAUAUCUAACGAGAUAGAAACCAAGACCUCUAUAAUCCGCCAACUGGCCCUGUUGGCAGAAGCGGACCCUGAAGCAGAGCUGGUGGGCCCGGAUAUACACUCAAUAAACGGAGAGGUCACAGAAGCUGGGGAAAAGACUGAUAAGGAGGCCUCACAACACACUGGUGCUUACCACUCUGUGCGCACCAUGAUCUGGACAGAGCUGGACCGAGGGCAGGUGAACUUCCACCACCAGACGGACUCUGGGUGUCGAACUCUCCUCCGUUUGCACCGCGCUUUGCUCUGGCUGAAGCUCUUCCUGGAGAAACUGUCUGAAACACCGGUGGCUGGUCGGCUCAGGAGCCCCUCGGAGCUCUGCAGAGAGGCGUAUCAGGGGACCCUCGCUCACCACCACACAUGGUUCGUCCGCAAGGCCGCUGAGCUGGCCUUCAUCGCCAUGCCGGAGCGGACUUUCUUCUUCCGGCUGGUGUGUGUGCAGAACCAGGAGGAGCUGAGCAUGUUGCUAAAAAGAGUGGUACAAUCCCUGGGAGAGGUUUACGACAGGACGCAGAGUGCCUUGGAAGAAAAUGGCAUGCUGGACUUGCCUUAGAAAAUACAAAAUGGCUGUGAGACUUGACCAUAUUUGCACUGUCUUCAAGGUAUCCUGGGCAUCACAGCUACAAAACGUGCUGCUAACUCAAAUGGCCUUUUUACUGCUGGAAUUCAUACGUGCCAUAUUUUUCCCUUCAAACCAAAGUGCUGCGUCAACAAUCAACUGAUACUGAAAGUGUGUUUGCUUUCGAUCGGUGUGGACAUUCCUUAUCACAUUUUAUGAGAUCACAUCUCGAUACCGUAAGGGCAGCUGAUGAUGCAUCUAGGCUGGCUUUGAAUUAUUUAAGCAGGUGCACAGAUAAGCUAAACACCACUGUAACCUUUGUUCAGCUUAAGAUAUGCUGGAGAUCAUCGCAGGGGAGAUGAUUUUGUAAUUUAUUGAUUUGUGUUUUUGUGCCAACCCCUGCCCACAUGUGAUUUUUUUACAUUCAGAAUAUUAUUGAAAAUGACUGCUGUUUUAACUGUAGAUAAUGCUUGGUGAUUUUGUAUGCUACCUCAAAAACUGACUAAGUCUAGCUGCCUUGUAGCCCUUAAAUCUGGGACCAAUCUAUCAUGAUUUAAGAGGUUUUACACAACGAAUCAACAAGUGCUGAGAAAAGGACAAUACAGUACUGAAAUGCAACUGUAGUGUGAGUGUGGAGAAUUGAUUGUUCCUGUUUUAUAUUGUAAAUGGUUGAAUGAUGUUCAGAAUGAUUAAAUAUCUUUUAAAAAAACG